UGUGUUGUUCCAGGUGCUGCCGGAGUGCUGGUGGGACACCCCUUCGACACUGUCAAGAUGACAGAUAAGCCUCAUCACGGGAGAGUUACCUAGUUCGGCUGCAAGUUCAAAAUGUAGAGAAACCUCUCUACCGCGGGACCUUCCAUUGCUUUCAGUCCAUCAUAAAGCAAGAAACUGCUUUUGGACUCUAUAAAGGUAUCGGGUCACCAAUGAUGGGGCUGACCUUCAUAAACGCGCUGGUGUUCGGGGUGCAGGGGAACACGCUGCGCGCUCUGGGCAAGGACACUCCUCUGAACCAGUUCCUGGCGGGGUCGGCGGCGGGCGCCAUCCAGUGCAUCAUCUGCUGCCCCAUGGAGCUGGCCAAGACCCGGAUGCAGCUGCAAGGGACGGGCGAGUACAAACUGAAAAUGAAGAACUACAAAAACUCCCUGGAUUGCUUGGUCAAAAUCUACCGCAAGGAAGGGCUGAGGGGGAUCAACAGGGGCAUGGUGUCCACCUUCAUCAGAGAGACUCCGAGCUUUGGCUUUUACUUCCUGACCUAUGACUGCAUGACCCGCUAUUUGGGCUGCGAAGCCGAGGACAGUUACGUUAUUCCCAAACUGCUGUUUUCGGGAGGGAUGUCGGGCAUCGUGUCCUGGCUCUCCACCUACCCCGUGGAUGUGAUCAAAUCCCGGCUGCAGGCCGACGGUGUGGGGGGCGUCACGCAAUACAACGGCAUUUUGGACUGCGUCCGCAAGAGUUACCACGAGGAAGGCUGGAGGGUGUUCACCAGAGGCCUCACGUCCACGCUGCUGCGCGCCUUCCCCGUCAACGCGGCCACCUUCGCCACCGUCACCGUCUUCCUGAUGUACAUGAGGUCGGAGGACAACCUCCGCGAGUGUGAACCAGGCCCGGUCAUCCAGCAGCCUUCCAGUUUGUAA